AUUUUCGGCUUUUAGCUACUAUCAAAAUCCCUGAUCGGACUUGGGCUGCUCAAACCACCAAACUCAUCCACCAUCGAAGAAGACACAGGGCAGAGACAGAGAAAUCGUAAUCGUAGACCAUCGAAUCCCACCUGCAGAAGGAGUUUCUGAGAGAAUCAAUUCCUAAACCUUAAACUACAACAUGGCUCCCAAAAGGACAAGGCUUGCUGGUCGUCGGGCGAUACAAAAGAUGAAAAUUCAUAUGGGCCCAUGGAAAGGGAGACACCCCGAAUCAAAGGAUAUACCUACCGAAUUCAAAGGAGCUAUUGUGGAUGCGUCUGCUGCCGUUGUCAGUCUUGUACCUGAUGCUGGUCCAGGUGGGGAGACAAUGUUUGCGGGUUCUGGGACCAUUAUAGCAUGUGAGGAUGUUAAUGGGACGUACACCAGUACAAUUUUAACUUCUGCUACUCUCCUUAGGUCUACUGAAUCAAAUGAUAUACAAGAAGACAUUGAGGUUAAUGUGUAUCUAGCGGACGGUAAAUCAAUGAAGGGUCGUGUGUCCGCUCAUGAUUUUCAUUUCAACAUUGCUACUAUCUCUAUCACAUCUGAUGUACCAUUGCCUACCGCCAGUCUUAGACCUUUGGAUGAUUCGAUCUCCAUAGAUCCCAAUCACCCCAGUGAGAUCAUUUGUCCUGAAGAAAAUGAGAUAGCUUCCCAAUCGUUUCAGCUUCAUCGUCAUUCAGAUUCAUUUAAAAUUUGUCCUGGAGACACGGUUGUAGCCCUUGGCCGACACUGUGGUGGAACCCAUUCCCUAUGGACUGCUCUUGGCAAAUUCAGUAUUGAUCGUUGCGGGUUUGACUGUAAAGAGCUUUUCAGGGCGAACUGCCUUAUUUUAAAAAGUGGUAUUGGAGGUCCCCUUGUCAAUCGUCAUGGAGAAGUCAUUGGAGUCAAUUUUUAUGAUGCUGACUGUACCCCUUUUAUGCCAAUCAACAUAGUUUCCAAAUGCUUGAAGCGAUUUCAAGAAAAUCGGCCAUCCCGUCAACCUUGGCUUGGCAUGGAAUUGACUAAUCUUUAUGCGGCACGCAUAGGCAAGUUGGAAAAAGUUAUCUCAAGGUUCAAUAUCUCCAAAGGUGUACUUGUUGAAAAGGUUAUAAAAGGGUCCCCUGCUGAACAAGCUGGAAUACUCCGGGGUGAUAUUAUUGUUCAAUGUGGGAAAAAGUAUGUUCAAGGUUUUUUGGAGUUCUAUGAUAUAAUAUGGAAAAAAGUUGGGAAGUCUGUAGAGGUGGUUGUGGUAAGAGAAUCAAGUCCUGCUCCUCUGAAUCUGAAAGUGUUCGUUGACAAGACUAGCCGCGAUAAAGUAAAUAGAUGGCCGGUCCCCAAGACAAUGUGGCUUAAAAUACUAAAUUAAAUGGCUUCUCUGUGGGUAAUAUGUUCUUCCUGGAAUGGUGUUUUGUUGGAACUGGAAAUGUAUGAACAUAAAUCCUAGGCACUGUUGAAAGUGAUGUCUGCUUCGGGCACAUUUAACUUUGUUUUGCUAGAUAGUACGAUUUUGUGUUUGGGAGAUUUGGCUAGAGGUCCCAAAAAUCGAGCUUUUGAGGGUCGGACUGAUGGAUGAUGUUUGUAGCCUAAUGCCCAGUUGUUCCGCUUAUGUUGAGAUAUUUAAAGUACGGUACUAUUUAUUUUCUCCAAGAGUUUUCGGCUUUCUUUCA